AUGGAGAACUAUCUUGGGCUUUUAUUGGCGCUAUUUGCAGCUUUUGCCAUUACGAAUUUUAUUCAAGCUCAAGAACAACAAGCAGGGUUCAUCAGUUUGGAUUGUGGGCUACCUGCGAAUGGACGGUCCCCUUAUAAUGAUACGUUUAGCAGGCUGCACUUCUCCUCGGACGCAACAUUCAUCCAGAGUGGAAAAACUGGUAAAAUUCAGUCAACUCUGGUGAGUAGAUUCAUGAAGCCAUACACAACGCUGAGGUACUUUCCAGAUGGUAUACGGAACUGCUACAAUCUAAAUGUGGGGAAGGGGAGUAAAUAUCUGAUCAGAGCUACUUUUAUAUACGGAAAUUACGAUGGUCAUGACAUUAAACCAGUCUUCGAUCUUUAUCUUGGACCUAAUCUAUGGGCCACGAUAGAUUUGGAAAGAGCGGUGAAUGGUACACGGCAAGAUAUGUUACACAUCCCAACACCAAACUCGUUGCAGAUUUGUCUUGUUAAGACUGGCGAAACUACACCACUAAUAUCGGCUUUGGAAUUACGGCCAAUGGAAAAUGUUUCUUAUAGCACUGAAUCUGACUCCCUGAAUCUUUACAACAUGUAUUAUCUUAGCAAGUCAGGAUCUCAGAUACGGUACUCAAGAGAUAUCUAUGACCGGAUAUGGAGAUCAUACUUUAAGAUGGAAUGGACGCAGAUUUCCACCGAUCUCGAUGUGGUCCAUUCCAACAAAUAUGCUCCACCGAAAGAUGCACUAAAAUAUGCUGCCACGCCUACUAAUGCCAGUGCGCCAUUGACGAUUGAAUGGAGUUCAGCAAAUCCUGAUGCCCAAUAUCACUUAUACGCACACUUUGCUGAGCUCCAAGAUUUGGAGGCAAAUGAAACCAGGGAGUUCAGCAUGGUAUGGAAUGGACAACAUUAUUAUGGCCCUCUAGUUCCGUUGAAGUUAAAUUUACUAACUAUCUUUAAUAAGUCACCAAGAACUUGCAAUGGAGGGAAAUGCAGUGUUCAGUUGAUAAGAACUAACAGAUCAACUCUUCCACCGCUACUUAAUGCUUUUGAAGUCUUCACAGUUAUUCACCUUCCACAGUCCGAAACAGAUGAAAGCGACGUGAGUGCUAUAAAAAGCAUCGCAACAAGCUAUGCACUGAGUAGAAUCAACUGGCAAGGUGAUCCAUGCGUCCCUCAACAGCUCAGGUGGGACGGUUUAAACUGCACCAACACGGUUGCGUCCAUGCCACCAAGACUCACUACUUUAAACUUGUCUUCAAGUGGUUUAACUGGAACAAUAGCAGCUGCCAUUCAAAACCUUACACAGUUAGAAAAACUGGACUUGUCGAAUAAUAACUUGACUGGAGGAGUGCCUGAGUUUCUAGGCGACAUGAAAUCGUUGACGGUCAUAAAUUUAAGCGGGAACAAUCUUAGUGGUUCACUUCCUCAAGCCUUUCAAAGGAAAGGACUAGAGCUCUCUGUUGAAGGAAACCCAAGACUUUGUCUCUCUAGUCCAUGUAAAAAGCCAACUAAGAAGAAAGUUGUUGUGCCAAUUGUUGUAUCAGUUUCUGCAGCCACUGUCAUUUUUGUAGUGGUUCUUUUUCUUGUAGUCAGAAUGAAAAACCCAAGUAUUUGGGAAGGUCUCCAUUUGCUACUGGGGACGUCAAUGGCAAAUGUUACAUUUGUUAAUAAGAAAAGCAGAAGGUUCACAUAUUCAGAAGUCAUCAAAAUGACAAAUAAUUUCCAAAGAGUUUUAGGUAAGGGAGGGUUCGGAAUGGUGUAUCAUGGUACUGUAAAUAUUUAUGAACAGGUGGCUGUUAAAGUACUCUCUCAGUCUUCAACUCAGGGCUCUAAAGAAUUUAAAGCAGAGGUUGAUCUUCUUCUGAGAGUUCACCAUACAAAUUUGGUGAGCCUCGUGGGGUAUUGCUAUGAAGGAGAUCACUUGGCCCUCAUCUAUGAGUUUCUGCCCAAUGGAGACUUAAAACAACAUUUGACAGGAAAAGGAGGUGGAUCCAUUAUCAAGUGGAGUGUUCGACUACGAAUAGCUUUGGAAGCAGCAUCAGGAUUGGAGUACUUACAUAUUGGAUGCACACCGCCAAUGGUGCAUAGAGAUGUCAAAACUGCCAACAUAUUGCUGGAUGAGAAUUUGAAGGCUAAACUCGCUGAUUUUGGACUCUCUAGAUCUUUCCAAAGUGGAGGUGAAUCUCAGGUUUUGACCGCAAUUGCUGGUACUCUGGGAUACCUUGAUCCUGAAUGUAACAGUUCUGGUCGACUGAGUGAGAAGAGUGAUGUCUACAGUUUCGGGAUUGUGUUGUUGGAGAUGAUCACAAACCAACCCGUGAUUAAUCAAACUUCAGAAAUUUUACACAUAACACAAUGGGUUGGCUUUAAGAUCAGCCAAGGUGAUAUCAUUGGGAUUAUGGAUCCAAACCUUGGCAAAGAUUAUGACUCUAAUUCUGCGUGGAGAGCUCUUGAGCUGGCAUUGUCAUGCGCGAAUCCUUCUUCCUCAAAACGACCAUCCAUGUCUCAGGUUAUUCAGGGUCUAAAAGAGUGUAUAGUGUGUGAAAACUCGAGGGAAAAUAAUAAUCAAGGCUUGGAAUCUCAAGCAAUGAGCAUUGGCUUGGACUCUUCGAUGGAUCCCAUGGCAAGAUAGUCCCGAGUGUUGUCUACUUGUGAUACUUAAAAUGGAAGCAACAAAUCGAUAAAGUUACACUUUUAGAAAAAUCUGUAAACUAGUCAACAUGUUUUGUUUUGUUUUAUUUUGUUCAUUAACAUGUCCAGAUCAUAUUCUCUAUUCUAUUUGUGAUU